AUGUGGAAGAAAAUAAAGGAAUUAGAGAAAGUCCUUCGUGACUCUAUGUCUAAUGCCCAGUUGCCAGCGCAAGACGCACAGUUAUAUGGAGCAUUAAAUAUGGCCGGUGGGUCGGAUAACGGGGGUACUUCCUUAUCGACGGGUGGUGAGCAGACAGAUAACUUACCGCCAGUAGCUGUAACAACCGGGAUACCACCUAUUAUUAAGUCAACUCAAGACUCCGGAGAAUUAAAUGACGCUCAGUCAUUUAAAGACUCAAAUACACCUGAUGGGAACGAUGAUAAAGAAAAUUAUCCCGAAAAUGAUCAUAAAAAAUUAGAUGUAGAGAUCGUGGAGAUUUUGGGUGAGGACCCUUUAGCAGAAGACCCUCAAGUAGGAGUCUUACAUCCAGAAAUAGCGACUCGCUGGUCUAAUUUCAUAAGUGAUGGUUUAAAGAAGGAGCUGAAGAGUGAACUAUUGGCAAAAUACCCACGUGCUAGUAAUUGUCAACUAGAAGCUCAGACUCUGAAUCCGGAAGUCGCAGCUUCGAUGCAGGAUGCUGCCUUAAAGCGAGACAAAUUUGCUUGCGAAAUUCAGAAUGUUAUUGGAUCCGCAAUGUUGGCCCUUGGCAAGGGGAUUUCCAUGAUGCUUGAUGAGAAAGAAGAUGGAGUCGACAGAAUGCAGCUUUUGCAAUAUCUCUCUGACUCCGGAAGACUCUUAGCAGAAGCUCACCAUAGGGAAGCUAUGACGAGACGGUCUUUUAUAUUACCUGGCAUGAAAAAAAAUAUUAAGGAGGUUUUAGAAAAAUCAAAACCUGAUAAAUUCCUGUUUGGAGAGGAUUUAUCUGAAAAAAUUAAGUCAACAAAAUCUAUUGUAAAGGUGGCAGCGGAAAUAAAAUCGAAACAGCAGUCGAAGAAGACCCCUGUGAAAACUGCUAACCAGGGAUACUGGAAGGCCCCAUCCUCCAAGAUCCAAUGGGCAAGGAUGGGGAACUCAAAAUCAGCGUACCAGAUUGAAUUUGAUAAACCAGUUUUACAAUUUAAUGAACCAAAAAAUUUUAUAAGCUCGCCACAGGGCUUUAAAGACUGCAAGGAUGCCAUUGAUAAAUUAUUAAAUCUUGGCGCCAUUCAACCAUGCGAUGACGUUGAAGGUCAAUUUGUCUCUUCUUACUUUUUGACAGCCCAUUUCAAAAUGGAAGACAUAAAAUUAGUUUCAAAAAUAAUUUGUCAAGGAGACUUUAUGGCAAAUUUAGACUUAGAAGAUGCCUAUUUUCUACUCUCUAUUUGUAUUUCUAGCAGAAAAUUUCUAAGAUUUCGAUAUCAAUCGCAAUUAUAUGAGUUUCUUUGUCUACCAUUUGGCUUGGCUACAGCUCCAUUUGUAUUUACUAAAGUUCUAAAACCUGUUUUGAAUCUUCUACGCAAGCGUGGGUAUGUGUCGGUAGUCUAUCUGGACGAUAUUCUGUGUAUCGGUCCAGAUUUCUUAUCAUGCAAUAAAAAUGUAGUAGAAACAAUUAAAUUGCUCGAGUCCUUGGGGUUCAUUAUAAAUAGAAGAAAAAGCGUAUUAAUUCCGAGUAAAAAAUGCCAAUUCUUGGGUUUCUGGAUUAACUCGGAACGCUUAACUCUCGAGUUACCAGAAUUAAAGAGAUUAAAGAUCCUUGAACUAGUUAAAACGAUGCGUAAGAAAAAAGAAUGUAAGAUUAGAGACCUAGCAAAAUUUAUUGGGAAUCUAAUAGCAGCCUGUCCAGCAAUUAAAUAUGGAUGGCUGUACACUAAGGCUUUUGAAAGAGAUAAAUAUUUGGCUUUAGUAGAGAAUGAAAAUGACUAUGAAGGAAAAGUGCAGCUCAAGGAAAAUCUAACUGAAGAUUUUGCUUGGUGGGAGAAAAACAUCCUUUCAUCAGUGAAUAUUUUUGGAGCUCACCAGUAUGAAAGAACAAUUUUUUCAGACGCAUCGCGGUCAGGAUGGGGAGCGUCAUGUAAUAAUAAACAAUCGCAUAGUUUUUGGUCCAUUGAAGAAAGAAAAUUUCACAUAAAUUUCUUGGAAUUACUUGCAGUCUUUUUAGCCCUUAAAGUUUUUGCUGCUGAUCUUUACCAUUGUAAAAUUCUCCUUAGAAUGGACAAUACUACAGCGAUCUCCUAUGUCAAUCGCAUGGGGGGUAUCCAAUACCCACAUUUAAGUAGUUUAGCCAAAGAGAUUUGGCAAUGGUGCGAAACGAGAGAUUUGUGGAUUUUUGCUUCGUAUAUUCCAUCUAAGGAGAAUGAUGAAGCAGAUAGAGAAUCAAGGUUGAGCAAUAUUGAUACCGAAUGGGAGCUUGCAGAUUUCGCGUUUAAAAAUAUAGUUCACGCUUUUGGGAAACCAACAAUUGACCUUUUUGCCACGAGGAUUAAUGCAAAGUGUGAAGAAUUUUGUUCGUGGUACAAGGAUCCAGAUGGAUCCUAUGUCGAUGCCUUUACUAUAAGAUGGAGUGAGAGAAAUUUUUAUGCUUUUCCUCCCUUUGCGUUAAUACCCCGGGACUCAAUACCACCCACUAUACCAGAAGAUGUCUUUGAUUGCCGGCAAGUUAUCAGGACAGCGUUCGCACGCAAAGGUCUCUCAAUUCAGACAGCUGAGAUAAUGCUGUCAUCUUUAACAGAGAACACCAUAAAACAGUAUUCCAACCCUAUAAAAUUGUGGUGGCAAUUUUGUAACAAAAAAGGACUAGAUCCUUUCGAAAUCUCAGAAUCUGAAUUGUUGGAUUUUUUAUCUACAAGAUUUGAAGCCGGAUUAGAAAUAGAAAUAAAAGAUCUCAUUAAGACCUCAAAGAAGGGUGUUAAACAACCAUUGCUACAAUUACCAAUAUUUAAAGAAAAACCACAGCUUUGUAUCGUCACCCAUGUGCUGAGGUACAUAGAAUUAACGAAGGAGCUUCGAGAAGACUGUGAAAAGCUGUUAAUAACUUGGAGAAAACCACACAAGGAGGCUUCAUCACAGACAAUCAGUCGGUGGAUUAAGUCUGUUCUAUCAGCCAGUGGUGUGAGUGAAGAUUUCACUGAGUACAGUACGAGACACGCCUCGACCUCGUCAGCGUACAGAAAAGGACUAGAUAUUAAUGUGAUCAAGUCUACAGCAGGAUGGUCGAAAUCGUCGGAAGUUUUCGCAAGAUUUUAUAAUCGACCUUUGCAGGAGACUGAUGAUAAUUUUGCUAAGACGGUUUUUCUGGGAAAAUAA